AUGCCUUUGUCGAACACUUCAAUAGCGGUGUUGAGGCAGCAAAUGGAUGAUAGUAACCAUGAGUUGCUUAAUAUAUUAACUAAUCAAAUGGGUACAGUUUUUAAUCCUGUGAUACAGGAAUCUGCUGAAACAAAUAGGCAGGUGGCAAAUCAAUUGACGCGCUUGUGUAAUUUUCUGGGAGCACCGGCUCGACAGAUGGCACAAGUGGUUAGGCAAACCGUUCCUAUUCAAAUGGAGAUAGGGGCAGCAGAAGAUGAAACAGUCCACGAGGAACAAGUCCUUAGACCCCAACAAAAUCAAGGCGUCGAAUCAGGAGUAGCAGGACAAAGGAUUAUGGCUAGGAAUGGUAUGAGUGCCACAUUGCAAAGGCCAAUAUAUGCUUCCCCGUUGGCUGAGUUUAUUCUCCAAACUGAGGCACCUAGAGGAAUGAAAGUGCCUAAGUACACUAAGUUUGGGGGAGAAUCUAGUGAGUCGAUAAUAGAGCAUAUUGCCAGAUAUCUAACACAGACAGGAGAUUUAGCUCAUAAUGAGUGUUUGAGGGUAAAAAACUUUUCUUCCUCUCUGACUAAGGUUGCCUUCACAUGGUUCACUUCCUUAGCCCCAAGUUCGAUUGAUUCGUGGGCCAAGAAGAAAAUAGACCCUACUUUUGUGAAGAGUAUGUCACAAUUGGCUGAUAGAGUUCGACAUCUUGAACGGCUAAGAUUAGAAAAGGUUAGAAACAAUAAGGCUAAGAAACAAAAAGUGGCAUUUGUUGACUAUCACGCGACGGAUCCAAUAUACGAGGCUGAUUAUGCCUCAUCGACCGAAUUAGAAAUAGACGUGGCUGAGUUAAAGCCAGGAUCUACCUAUGAGUGUCGAUCAUUAAUUCCUGCACAAGGAAAAAAUCCUGUCGAAGACAAUCCAAAGUUCCCCUCGAAAACUUAUACUUUUUAUGUGACAAAGUGUGAGGAAAUUUUUGAUUUGGAUCUGGUUCAAAAAGCGAUUCAAGAAGGCAUGCUGAAAUUUGUUGGCCGUAGAAUGAAGAUCAACGCUGACCCUCUCCACCAGGAGGAAGCUCUAUUCGUGGAGCCAGUCGAGAUCAACAUGGUCGAGAUCACCGAAUACGAUGAGGCCGACAUGCUGGAGCAAACUUGUAAAAGCCCAGAUAUCGAUAUAGCUGAAGUCUACCCAAGGGCUGACGAAGAUUUGGUAGAUUUCCUCUAUCGCUGCAAGAAUAAGGGUUCACAAGUCUGCUUGUGCACCAGAUGUGGUGCUGUCACCGACAAAAUAGUUGCUGAAGAUUUUCAGAAGCUAUAG